UUUUCAAACUAUGGUAAAUUAUUUUUAUUUCUAGACUUUUGCAUAGUUGACCUGUUGGAGAAGAGCCAGGAAAAGCAAGACCAGCAGUAUCUGUGGAAAGUUGAUUUUGUCAACAACAAAACAUUGACUAAGGAGAGAAGUAGUAUAUUAGGAAAAUCAUUUUUUUUAAAGAUUUUAUUUAUUUAUUCGAAAAAAAUGACUAGUAUAUGUGACUCAUAUGGAAUGAAUUGGAAUUAUAUUUCAGAAGUAAUUAUUACUAAUAGAAACUUCUUUAUAAGGAAGCUUGAUGAGUUUUAUGCACAUGGGAAAUUGCUCCUCUAUACAAAGCAGAAUUUUCAUCCCAGAGAGAAACCUUCUGAAUAUGACAAAAAUGGAAAAGCUGUCAGUCAAAAUGAGGACCUGUUUCAACAUAGGCUCAUUCAAACUCUGAAGCAGCUUUUUGAAUAUAAUGAAUGUGGGAAAGCCUUCCAUGAGGGAGCAACUUUCAUUACAUAUAAGAACAUGUUUAUGGAAGAAGCCCUAUGAAUAUAAUGAACAUAUAAAAGCCUUUUCUGAUAGACCAACAUUCAUUGUUCAUCAGGGAACUCAUACAAAGGAAAAUCAGUAUGAAUUUAAUGACUGUAGGAGGUGUCUCUUGGUGAGAAAUCAACUCUAAGCACAAUCGAGUUAUCAUAGGGAAGAGAGACUAUGAGUGCGUUGAAAGUGAAAAUAGUUUCAGCAAGAAGUCACUCCAGUGAAUUUGUAAAGGAGAGGAAACUUUUGACUGUAAUGAA